AUGGUCGUCAGAGUUGAGGAAGCAGACUAUGUUACGGUGGAAGAAAAUGUUGCAGAUACCAAAGCAUUGGUUCGGAAGCAAGAUCUAAGGAUCGUACCUCUAUGUGCUGGUAUUUACUUGUUAUGUUACCUCGAUCGUUCGAACAUUGGCAAUGCUAAAACGCUCAAUUCCUCUACUCAUGAUGAUCUCCUGUCCGAUACACACAUGACUAAUUUUCAAUAUAUUAUCGCGUUGAUGGUCUUUUUGAUUGCCUAUGCAAUUUUCGAAGUGCCAUCCAAUUAUUUCCUCAAGAAACUCAGUCCAAGCAAAUGGAUAUCUUUCUUAAUGUUCUCGUGGGGUAUCGUGACAAUUGGACUUGGAUUUACUCACAACUUCGCUGGUGUCACAGCUGUGAGAUUCCUUCUCGGAAUGUUCGAAGCUGGACUGUUCCCAGGUUUAGUCUACUAUCUGACUUUCUGGUACCGUACAUCUGAGCGUUCAAUUCGUGUCGCAUUCAUUCUAGCCUCCGCAACUCUCGCAGGAGCAUUUGGUGGCGCUAUCGCUUUUGGAGUCGGUCAUAUGAAUGGUACCCACGGAAUGUCAGCUUGGAGAUGGUUAUUCGUUAUUGAAGGGAUUCCUUCUUGUUUAUCAUCUAUUCUUGUAUUUUUCUAUCUACCAGAUUAUCCAGAAACGGUAGAAUGGCUAUCAAAGGAUGAGAAAGAUUUAGCUACAAGUAGACUUGCGACAGAGGGAGCUAAAGGAGGCGAUAAAGGAUUGACGUGGCAAGAAGCGAAGGAAAUUCUUUGUACCUGGAGAUUAUAUGCUCAUUAUGCAAUCUAUUUCGGUAUUUCAACGCCUUUCUCGAGUUUGUCCUUAUUCACACCAAGUAUUACCGCAGGACUUGGAUACAAAAACCUCGAGGCUCAACUUAUGACAGUCCCACCAUAUGCUGUCGCUUAUGUUGUAACAAUCCUCGUAUCCUGGUCUGCCGAUCACUUCAACGCUCGCGCCCUCCAUUCCUCAAUAAUGGCCCUCGUUGGCGCCAUCGGUUUCACCGCCUCCGCUCUCCUGCCUCCUACUUCCUAUAACUCCCGUUAUGGUUGUCUCAUUAUCGCCGCCUCAGGAGCCUUCUCCUGUAUCCCUCCUCUUCUCGGUUUCCUCUCGUCAAAUAUCUUCUCAACAGCCGGUAUUGGACUUGCUAUUGCGUUGAAUAUAUCAGUAGGAGCGCCGGGACAAAUAGCAGGUGUUUGGAUAUACAAGUCAAAUCAAGCGAAAGAGGGCUUCCCGUUGGGCCAUUGGGUGAAUGCUGGUUUGUUGUAUUUUAGCGCCACGCUCUCAUACCAAUUUAUCUCCAGUCCCACGCAUAGCGCUCCUGCACCCCGGAACACCGGUAUCGAUUGUUUUGAAAAUGGAUCAGGGGAGUGGGAGGGAAGUGAAGGGAUUGAGGGACGGGCGGGUGGGGAGGGUGCAGAGGUUGUGUACGGAGGGAGAGGCGGAGGUGGGGGAAGGGGGAUGAGGGGGUUGGGGAGGAAUGGGGAAGUGGGUGGAGGUGGGGGCGGUGACUUUGAUAAUGUGAGUGGGAGGAUGGGACAUCCGAGGAGAGAAGGAGGAGGUGGUGGUGGUAAAACGUACUCAGAUUUCAGGACAGAUGGGUAUGAUGAAUCUUCCGCGGCGAGCACCAGUGCAGGGGCUAGUUUAGAGGAUUAUAUUGUUGUGAAGGGGAAUCGUAAGGGGAAGAAAAAUACAGCUGGAGAAAACAAAAUUAGUGAGGGAAGCAUCAUGGAGCCAGAAGAAAGCAGUAGAAAUACCGAAGAAGAAGUAUUGGAGGAAAGAUUAACAGGAGAGGUCUUCAAAUCCGCAAUGAGUACAUGUCCUGUUUGUGGAGAGUUUGAAGGCGAUGAAUUAGCGGUUGCGCAUCAUGUUAAUGGUCAUUUUGAAUAA